AUGUUCGCUUUACGUCUUGCCAGUAUUUUUCGUCGUGCACCACUUUUUCUCAUCCGUUCAUCUUCUCUCAGUACAAGUAAUCCUAUUCAACAAAUUCGUCCACCACAAACAACUCGUCUUGAUCUUGAUCAAUUACUUGAAAGACUUGAUGGUGAAGCUCAUCGUCGUGGUCGAUUAAAUCCAGGUCUUGUACGUGGUGCAAUGCGUAAAGCAGCUGUAGAACUUGAUACAAUCAAUUCUACACAAGCUCUUUUACUUAUUCGAUGUACUGGUUCAUUACUUAUUAGUGAAUUACCACAUCAAAGACAACAAGUACUUGAUAAUAUGAUGAAAAUAUUUCAACAAAAACAUGUUACAUUUGAUGUAACACAUUAUAAUUCAUAUAUGCGUGUAUCAUUACAAAAUAAUCAUUUAUUUGAUCCAAUGAAAAUAAUAGAUGAAAUGAAAAAAAUGAAUAUAACACCAAAUUUAACAUCAUUUCGUUUAUUAAGUGAAUGUUAUGCACGACAAGGUCGAUCGGAUGAUAUACAAAAAAUAUUAAAUGAAAUGAAAAUAGCUAAGUUAAAUAUUGAACCUUUAAUAUUAACACAUUUAUUAAGUUCCUAUGCACAAAAAGGCAAUGUAGAACGUGUAGAAAGUUUAUUUAAUCUUUUUCAUGAAUUAGAAUUAAAACCAAUAUCCGAAACCUAUGAACAAUUUAUAAUUAGUUAUUUAAAACAUGGACAAAUUGAUCAAGCAAAGAAAUAUUUUGUAGAAAAUGUAUCAAAAAUGGAUAAUGAAUCAUUAUUUCGUUUAAUUAUUAAAUGUGCUGAAUGUCAACAAAAAGAUUUAUUUCAACUUGUAAUCAAUUCACUUGAUCAAAAUAGUCUUGCUGAUAUAUGUAUUCAAUAUAUUCUCUGUGCAACAGCAUUAUUAGAUGCUAAACUUGAUGAUUAUGCUUUUCUAUUAGUUGAUUCAUUUCCAAAACGUGAUGAAACUCUUCGUUUUGAUGUUAUUAAUUUAACUAUGUUAAAUCUAUUAAAAAUUCGUUUACCAACAAAUCAUUUUCGUCCAUUUUCAGCUUUAACACUUGAUGAUAUUAAUAAUAAACUCGAAUCUUCCAUAAAUUAUCAAUGUGAAUCAGAAUCUGUUACUGAUGAACAAUUAAAAAAUUUUCAUCAAUAUGUACUAAGAAGAGCUGAAAAUUUUACUGAAAAAAAAGAUCGUUGGCUUGCAAUUCAUCAAUUACUUUAUCAAGCAUAUCAAAAUUAUAUUCCAUUACCAUAUAUCUAUGCAAUUUAUGAUACAAUGCAUCAACAAGGUUAUGAAUAUCGUCAACAUUAUAUGCGACCACUCUUAGUAAAAUUUCGUCGUAUAUUUAUAAAUAAUCCACAAGAAAUUGUUAAUCAAACAUAUAAACUUCUUGAUUAUUUACAAAAAAAUUUUUCAAUUAAUUAUGAUAAUGAAAUAAUUGAUUUUUUAAUUGAAUUUUUAUUUGAUCAAUGUUUUUUAAAACCAUUAGAUAUUGAUUUAUUAUUUAAAAAAGUAAAUAUACGUUUUAAUAAUUAUUGGUUUAAUCUUUAUUCAUUAACAUUAAAACGAAUUAAUAUGGAUUUAUUAAAUUCUUUAAAAAUAUUUCUUAAUAUGAAUAAAAAUGUACGUUUUGAAUAUACACCUAUUAUACGUGAACAAACAAUGCAAGCUAUGCAAUCAUUAAUUAAUCAAUUAUAUAUUGAUUAUGAAAAAAAAGAUUAUGAUGAAAUAUUUAAUCAUUUAAAAAAUAUUAUUGAUUUUAUUGAUAUUGUUAAUAAACGUUUUGUUAACAAUCAAAAUGAUAUAAUUUCAUUAAAUGAUUGUGUUCUAAUAUGUAUUGUUAAUUGGUUUUUAGAAAAAGAACAUCAACAAAGUAUUGAUUUAUUAAAAAAGAUAUUAAGAAUAUUUGAACAACGCUCACAAACAAUACCAUUAACAAAUGAAGUUAGAGAGAAACUUUAUAAACAAUUAGGUAUAAAAGCAUUCGAUGAAAUAAAUGAUCAAUUAAUAAAAAGUUUAAAACAAGAUCAAGAAAAAUGUAUUAAUACUCAACCAUUUUUAUCGGAUAAUCAAACAUUAUUCGAUAAUAGUAGUGAUAUAUACAUAAAAUCAACAAAAUCUACACGAAAUUGGACAAUACGUGAAUUAGAAGAUCAUUUAAUAGAAUUACAACGUAAAAAAAUGAAUACAAGUGGAAUAAUAAGUAAAUUAUUAACAAAAUAUUGUACAGAAUGUUUGGAUAGUGAACGUACAAUGACAAUACCAGUACGAGAAUCUUAUAUGAAACGUAUAUCAGAAUUAGAAUCAAUUUAUUUUGAUAAAACAAAAACAACAGGUUUUCCAUCAUUAGGUGUUAUUGCUAUUUUAAUUGAUUAUUAUUCAAGAGUUGAACUUAAUCUUGAUAAAGUUAUUUCUUAUAUAAGUUUAUCAAAUGCUAUUGAUCCAAAAUUUAAAUUAGAUCCACAUAAAUGUGUUAGUGUUAUACGUUUACUUAUACGUAAAAAUUCAUUUAAUAAAGCAAUUGAUUUAAUUGAUUCAUUAGGUUGUUAUGAUGUCGUACCAAGUUAUAUGUAUCGUCGUGUACGAGAUUUAUUAUUAGAUGCAUAUGUAUUAAUUAAUUUUGAACAAUUUCAAUAUCUUGUUAAUAAAUUACUAAUAAAUAAAUAUGUUGAUCCAUCAUCAAUUGUACUUUCAUUAAUUGUACGAAAAUCUUAUCAAGAUCAUGGACCAUUACAUGCAUUUGAAACAAUUAAAACUAUACUUAUUCAAUGGAAUAAUCUUGUUGGAAUGUUUCCAAUAAUAAGAAAAUUACUUCGUGAUGAUUGUACAGAAGAACUUAAACAGGUAUUAAUCAAAAUUGGUAAAAUUCGUUCUCGUACAUAUGCAUAUGAACAAUUAGCAUUUGCUUUAAUUCAUGAACGUCGUUUAUCUGAAGCUUAUAAAGUUUGUCAACAUAUAAGUCGUUCAACAUUUGAAGAACAUUGUCAAAGAUACGUUCGAGAAUUAUUCUAUUUUCCAUCAGAUCAUCCAAAUCUUGAUGAUGCAUCAACACCAAUAAAUAAUUCAAGAACAAAUGAUAUCUAUGAAACUGAUCAUGUAUUUGAUAGGAAUACAAUAUCUCUUGUUCAUUUUAUUGAUUAUUUUGAACAAUAUCCAUCAUAUACACGACAUUUAUCAAUUGAUACAUUGUUCUACAGUUUAUUCCGUGCAUAUGAAAAAACAAAUCGUUUAGAUGAAUUUACAAAAUUAAUGCGUGAUUACUCAUCAAAAUAUGUUCGAUAUUUAUCAUCAAAAACAAAAGAUGCAUUUAGUCAAGCUGGUAUAACAUUACCAAUAAAAUCAUUAUCAUCACCUAAACAAUCAAGAAAAACUAAUAUUCAUAAACAUGAAAGUUUCUUACAAGAUCAUGAUUAUGAAGAAGAUUCUAAUCCACAAAAAAAUCUUUCCUAA